AUGAGGCGAUUGAAGAAUCAAAGAAUCCGGUGUCGCAGGGUCCAUUCAAUUUGCCACCCACCACGUCAUCCAUCACUCGGCCUUUCUGGGCGACCAGCUAUACACACUGGGUUUCUAUACAGUGUGAAAAAGGAGCCAACAUUUAGCAAAAUCUGGGACACAUCAAGUGGCGUCGAUUUCCUGUUUCUCACGUGCCUGGCUCCUCUUCGCCGUAUUCCUCAUUAUGCUCUUCUUCAGCUGCAAUUUUUCUAUUUUCACAUUCUCGCUCUAAAGAUUGUGCUUGUCUUGCGCAUUAAUUUCCUAUCCACCUACUUCCGACCAACCUCCUCCGCCUGCUUCUGGUCAGGCCGAUUCCGUCUGCCAACGGCGGCAGGAUUUGCCUAUGUGAAUCGUGCUUUUUUCUCCAUUUAUCUUUCCUUCCACCUAGCCAUUGAUCAUAGCCGUAUCUUUCGCCUUAUCGGCCACUGUGAACGACCCCCCAGACGAUGUAGCUGGCAAACACGCAAGCACAAGCGCAACAACAUUCACGCAAAUUCAUACCCUGUCCAGCUGGCCGGCUUCCCCAAGAGCACAGGCACACGUGUACAUGCAUCCAAGGCGGACAAACAAGGAUGUGCACACACCUGA